AUGGGGAGACGCGGGGCCCUCAAGGGGCUGCGAGGCCCCCGGCAGCUGUUUCGAUGUUUCCUUCUUGUUUGCUGCAGCUGCAGCUGUAUCCUGUACCCUGCAACAGGAGGGCCGUCAGCAGCAGCAGCUGCCGCUGCUGUUCCUGUUGUUACAGAUGUCAUAGAGGAGAUUUCUACGACAGCGGCAACAGCAGCAGCAGCACGUUCAAAUGGUGCAGCAGCAGGUCCAGGAGUUACUGCAGCAAUUGCAGCAAUUAAAGGGGGAUUGGGCCCCACAGAAACCGUACAGAUGCCAUUAACAGUCGUAGGCACAAGAGUAGCCUUAUGGGUACGGGUUGGCGGGCAGCAGCUGCUGCUAGGCUUAGAUUCUUGUAAGGAAGGCCUCAGGUUGUUUGCAUCCGAUACAGCUGCAUGCACUUCAGGGAAGCUUACUGCUGCACUGCAGCAGCAGGAGCAGCAGAAGAAUAAGCAGAAGCAGCAGCAGCAUGAGGCAGCACAGACUGCGGGAUCUGCUGAAACACACAGUACAUCCGAACAGCAGCAACAGCAGCAACGGCAGCAGCAGAAUGAUGGGCUCGCAAAGCAGCAGGAUGCUCAUUCAUCGGAGGAGGGGAAGAAGACAGAUAAUCCUAAGCAGCAAAGGAAGCAGCAGCUCAAGAAGCAGCAGCAGCAGCAGACAUGCUACAAUCCUGAUGCGUCCUCUGCAAGCAGCUGGUGUCUAAAUUGGCAUGAGAUGUGUACGCCUUUCUCCGAGACCCCUUUUAGCUGCCGGCCUUCCUCGCAGCAUGACCCCCAAUAUGCCGCCCGAUAUAAACAAGUAGUAGAUGGUAUUUUUGUAUCCGAGCUUCGCUUGGAGGGGCACGACACUGUUGAGAUGUUGCCACCAGGUUAUGAAUCUGAAGAGAAAUUGAACUUGGGGGGGGCCCCUGGGGGCCCCCAAGAUGCUGCUGUACCCUCUUUGUUUGCACUUCGGCUCAGUAGAUUUCCUGUGAAAUUGGUGUUAGAUCGAGACACCGAGUUUGACGCGUACAAGGGGUUAGAUGGUGUAUGGGGAAUAGCAGGACCCGAUCUCUGCUGCCGCGAGGCGUCUUUGUGGAACUUGCUGUUGGAGCCUAGUGUAAAGGGAGUGGGGAUCGAUGUUAACUUGCCCCCUUCAACGGGACAUCCGUUACCUGGGCCCCCCAUUUCUCAGGAGGGGCCCCAGGGGCCCUUCUCGGGCCGCGAUUUGCUGCCUUCAAACAUAUACUUUUCUAGCAACGCCAGCCGUAUUUUCGGGGAAAUGUUGUGGGCAGAGCGCAUGCAAACUGGGGCUGCUGGAGUUGACGCUUUGAUUCAUUUUUCUACUUUCGAUUGGCGACUCUGUGGGGAACUAAUAGGCCAUCCCUUAUCUAGCGCGUGGGAAGCCGUCGUAGACCUCAGCUCGGAGUGUAUGGUGGUGCCUCCGCCUAUGUGGAAGAGCCUGAGAGCGUGGCUGCCUUUGGAUACUGAACACGAGCUGUGCAAAGACCCAGACUCGGAAGAAGACAGUAUAAAUGCUCAUGUGUCCCGCCCUGUGACGUUAACAGAUGAAGGAGGGAAGCGGGCCUACAGACGCACCUGUCCUUUGUUGCAACGCCAGAACAUUCGCCCUCUUCCGUCUCUCUCUUUUACCCUUUCGCAAUCUUCCCCUGACGCUCCGCGAUUGCAGCUUCCUCUUGAACGCCUCGUUGUUCGUGAACCGGGAGUCGGAGAAGUCCUUUGUGUCGUGCCGCAGCCCUUCUUGUCUAUGGGAGCUGACCAGUGGCGGCAGAUCCGCCUGGGCACCAGGGUGCUCUCUGCCUUCAAAGUGGUAAUGGACAGGAACAACUGGCGUGUGGGGCUUCAAGAGAAAUCCCCAGAACCUAACAACGACUCUGCCUGCGCCGCUCGGGCUGCGUGCAUCGGCGAGCAAGUGUACGUUCCUUACACAAACCGAUGCGCUGAUCCUGAUUGCAGUAUCAAGAUCCUCUUCGAAAUGAACCAAGAAACAAAAGUAUGUGAACUGGCAUGGUGGGUUCCCGGUGCGGUAGUGACCGCAGUUGCGGCUCUCGUGACUCUCGAGUUGUUUGUUUUGCAUCUUCGCCAGAAGGUAGUGGCUGAAGCUUGCUCAGGAAGGCAGUGA